GGCCCCGCCCCUCCCGCAGUCGCUGCCGGGGCCGCGGCGGCCGCUGCUGACAACAAGAUGGCGGCGGCGGGGCCGGCGGGCCCCGAGAGCCGGGUGCUGGGUUACACCCUGCACCGCUGGAGCAGCUUCUCCUCCACCUACCUGCCCGAGAACAUUUUGGUGGACAAGCCCAAUGAUCAGUCCUCGAGAUGGUCUUCUGAAAGCAAUUAUCCUCCCCAGUAUUUGAUUCUGAAACUUGAAAGACCUGCCAUAGUCCAGAGUAUCACCUUUGGCAAAUACGAGAAAACACAUGUCUGCAAUUUAAAGAAGUUUAAAGUCUUUGGUGGGAUGAAUGAGGAAAACAUGACGGAUCUCUUAUCCAGUGGCUUAAAGAAUGAUUAUAACAAAGAAACAUUCACCUUGAAGCAUAAAAUUGAUGAACAGAUGUUCCCCUGUCGAUUCAUUAAGAUAGUUCCACUCUUAUCCUGGGGACCUAGCUUCAAUUUUAGUAUCUGGUAUGUUGAACUUAAUGGCAUUGAUGAUCCAGAUGUGGUCCAACCGUGCCUCAACUGGUACAGCAAGUACCGUGAACAGGAAGCCAUUCGCCUUUGCCUAAAGCAUUUUCGUCAGCACAACUACACUGAAGCUUUUGAGUCGCUGCAGAAGAAAACCAGGAUUGCUCUGGAGCACCCUAUGUUGACAGACCUGCAUGACAAACUAGUGUUGAAGGGAGACUUUGAUGCUUGUGAAGAACUGAUAGAAAAAGCUGUGAAUGAUGGCUUAUUCAAUCAGUAUAUCAGUCAACAAGAAUACAAACCUCGCUGGGGACAGAUUAUCCCCAAAAGCACCAAAGGUGAUGGGGAAGACAGCCGACCAGGGAUGAGAGGAGGCCACCAGAUGGUUAUAGAUGUUCAAACAGAAACUGUUUAUUUGUUUGGUGGCUGGGAUGGAACUCAAGACCUGGCUGACUUUUGGGCAUACAGCGUGAAGGAGAACCAGUGGACUUGUAUAUCCAGAGAUACUGAAAAAGAGAGUGGUCCCAGUGCCAGAUCUUGUCACAAAAUGUGCAUUGACAUUCAACGAAGACAGAUCUACACACUGGGUCGCUACCUGGAUUCCUCCGUGAGGAACAGCAAAUCUCUGAAAAGUGACUUCUAUCGCUAUGACAUCGAUACAAACACAUGGAUGCUACUAAGUGAAGAUACUGCAGCUGAUGGAGGUCCAAAGCUGGUGUUUGAUCAUCAGAUGUGUAUGGAUUCCGAAAAACACAUGAUAUAUACCUUUGGAGGCAGAAUCUUGACCUGCAAUGGCAGUGUUGAUGACAGCAGAGCCAGUGAACCACAGUUCAGUGGGUUGUUUGCUUUUGACUGCCAGUGUCAGACAUGGAAACUUCUGAGAGAGGAUUCCUGUAAUGCUGGACCCGAGGAUAUCCAAUCCCGAAUAGGACACUGUAUGUUGUUCCAUUCUAAAAAUCGCUGCUUAUACGUGUUUGGUGGCCAGAGAUCGAAAACUUACUUGAAUGAUUUCUUCAGCUACGAUGUAGACAGCGACCAUGUGGAUAUCAUAUCAGAUGGUACUAAGAAAGAUUCAGGGAUGGUUCCAAUGACAGGUUUCACUCAGAGGGCUACCAUUGAUCCAGAACUGAAUGAAAUCCAUGUCUUGUCCGGGCUCAGUAAAGAUAAGGAGAAGCGGGAAGAGAAUGUGAGGAAUUCUUUCUGGAUUUAUGACAUUGUGAGGAACAGCUGGUCUUGUGUCUAUAAAAAUGACCAAGCAGCCAAAGAGAAUCCAGGUAAAAGUCUUCAGGAAGAGGAGCCCUGCCCAAGAUUUGCCCAUCAACUGGUUUACGAUGAGCUGCACAAGGUUCAUUACUUAUUUGGAGGAAAUCCUGGCAAGUCCUGCUCUCCAAAGAUGAGAUUAGAUGAUUUUUGGUCUCUGAAGCUCUGUCGACCUUCAAAGGAAUACCUGCUAAGACACUGCAAAUACCUCAUAAGAAAGCACAGGUUUGAAGAAAAAGCUCAGACUGAUCCUCUUAGUGCACUGAAGUACCUACAGAAUGAUUUGUACGUAACUGUGGAUCACUCAGACCCUGAGGAGACAAAAGAGUUUCAGCUUCUUGCCUCAGCAUUAUUUAAGUCUGGCUCGGAUUUCACCACUCUUGGAUUUUCAGAUGUUGAUCACACUUACGCGCAGAGAACUCAGCUGUUUGACACAUUAGUCAACUUCUUUCCGGACAACAUGACCCCUCCUAAAGGCAACCUGGUAGACCUCAUCACGCUGUAACGGAGCAAUCACUGGACAUGUGGAAGAGGGGAAAAGCAUCCAUUUUCAGUAUUUUAAUUUUUUUACUGCAUUGAUUGACUGCUGGGAUGAAGUAAUAUAGUAACCCCUAGGUGUUUGAAAGGGGUUUUAUACUUGUAUGGUGAAUCCCUGAAGCUUUUCCCUUGGAGUAGGUUAAUAAAAAUGUAACUGACAUACUUCUGACUAAAUAUAUAUAUAUUUUUUCUGACUUUGAAUUUUGAGUUAGCAGAAGGAGAAAAGAGAGGGGAGGAGAAGAAAAUAAAACCCCAUCGUGUAGUGAUCACUUUUCCCUCUGGAGGAAAAUUGAGAUUCAUGGGCUGUCUGGAAUUAAAGAUGAUGGGUUUUAUUUUGGGUUUCAUGGGAAAGUGGGUGGUGGUUCUUUGCUCAUUUGUAGCUAGUCAUGAUAUAUUGCUUUGUCCUACAAGUCCAUCCUCAGCAGCUGAAUAACUUGGCAGCAAGACACUGGCGUGUGUUGAGGUAAUAGUAAUAUAUGUGUCUUGAGUCUUGUAAUCGCAGGGUGUCAUGUGAAGGGAGCAUGUGUUACAAAUUGUCUGUCUUCUCUUCCGAGAACCUGGCUGGCAGCAGUGUCUGAUUGCAUUUGAUAUCUAGUCUAAACCUAAAUACCUAAAUGCCUAACUUCUGUUCUCUGGAGCCUUCCACUUAGACCUGACAGUCAGGUGGGAGCGUCGGAGAAACCGCCAGAAAAUGGGAGUGCAGGGGUUGUCUGCACGGGCUCCUUUUCAGGGAUCGCUCUAUUUCCAGUGCCAUGCUCUCCUGAUGAAAAACUCUGCAGUUCCUCACAGCGCUCUGCAGAACUGGGUCUUCCACUCACACACCCAACCUCUGCAACCUGACUCCAGGUUGGGUGUAGGAUUUCCGAAGCAGAUUGUCUUCGUUUACAUACACCUAUGCUUCUGUGUGCAUUUGUCAAUGUGUAAAUGUAAAGAGGUUUGCUCCAAGCAGCUUGUCUCCUUUCUGUGUAGUGCAGUUUCUUUACUUUUAAAUGCAUUUUAGACCUUGCUCUGAAUGUGAAGGAGGCCUUUUUAGCAUAAACUCCUUUAAAAAGCAAGCUGAUGCAUAUGUAUAGAAAAUAUAUUCUUCUUUGCUGAAAGCCUUCUUUAUAAAUAAGGUAAGGGCUUGGUGCUGCACUAUGAAGUGGGAUGAAGGAUACUCAUACUGAGCAUUAGCAGCUUUUUGCGUUCAGCGUCAGUAAGCAUUCAGUACAAAACUGGCUGAUGUAAAUACGUAUAUGCAACUGCAAAGCUUUAUGUCCAGAAAUGUUUGUGCCAGCAGGGUACCAUUGCUGCACUCACUAUGGCUACACAGCUCCUGUUGAACUUGAUGGAAGUCCUGUGUGUGUGCAAAGAUGAUUUGAACUCUUGAAAUAAAGAGUUAGUGAAGUGUCUUUUCCAGAGCUUGAGUGUCUGCUUGCUUUGAUUGCAUUGUAUUGCCUCUUUAUCAUGUUCUUUGUGCAACUUCUGUAGUUCUGGUGUGUUAGAAAUAAAUUUUAAACCUCCAUACUAGUGAUUAAUCACCCAGAAAGGAACAAUGGGUUAGAGGUUGAGCUUUGCUUUGUCUUCAGGGAGGACUGUAUAGAUGCAGUGUUUCAAGUAACCUGUAACUUGAGACUGUUUAGAAAUUGUAUACUUCAGUGGCCAGCAAGUCAGAUGUCUGUGGAAGAAUCCUCUCCAUACGUAGUGCAGUAAAUGAAAUUUGAUGAAAUUGUUUCUUUGAAACAUGGUAUUUUUUUUUUCCAGUGACAUGGAAAGCCUUUAGGUGACUGCUAGGUUUUAUGAUGCGCUAUGUUUGCAGUCACUUUGUUAACUAGUUAAAGGAGAGCUUAUGCCAUAGGAAGGGAGGUACUGGAGGUGCUAACCUGGGGGAGUUUUCCUAACUGAGGCACUGUUUCCACUGAGACUGAACUGGGCAUAUCUCACACAACCAGCUGAAACACUGCAACCCUGCAGUACUUUUCAGCCUCAGCAUAAUAAUGAACCCAAAACUAGAUUGAGGAGCUGUGGUGAGUAGGUGGUGGGAAGUUUAGAAAUGCUGAAGGCUCUAUGAACAGUGUUGCUGCUGAGCUGGUUUGUGUUACAGAAACUCAGUCCAAACUCACUGUCCUCAGGGGUACAUGCAAAGCCUGGCAGCCUAGCUCUCUUUUUGUAGCACAGAAUAAAUGAAUUCCUUGUCUGAAUUAGGCAAGCAUUGCUUCUGUAGGAUGGACAAUCCCAGCUAAUGAGAGCACUUCAGGAUGAUCAAAUAUUGGCCUACCUUUAUCCUGAGCCGAUCGAUUUCAGCACAUACAAGCACAGUUCGUGGAUUCCAGCUGCUAGUUAACCAGCAGAAACUAUUUGCUCAGCUUCUGGUAUUUGUUGAGCAGCAGAGGCACCCUGUGGCCAGAGAUGUUAAUCCACACUGAGGGCUUCUUAUGGCUUUGCCUAGAGUAUUUCCUGGUUCUGUGUCCUCCCACUAAAUGAUUUCUUUGCAUUGGUAUAUACUACACUACCUGAUUUUUAAAACCAAUUAAAAGUUCUGAACAGGGAAGUUUUUUUUAAAAAAAAAGAAAGCAAUUAAGGAGCAGGGAGAGUUUGUUGAACUCUGUAGUUACGUGCAGGUCUUUGAAGAUACUGAUGAUGUUCCAGGAAGGUGAUAGAUGUGAUCAUUACAGAAAUGCUAUGGUGCAAUGAGAAGAGAAAAGAAGCCUACUUGAUCUGGAAAGAGCCACCUAAAAGUGUUUUGCAGCACAGUGCAUGCAGUGUUUCAAGUGUAGAAGAGGUAUGGGAGAAGCUUUCAAGCCUCCCUCAUACUGCUUGCAGACUGUAGCAGAGGCCACUCUGUAGCAUAAAGGCAAGCAUGCUGUAUUUGCCUCUAUAAUGAUGUGACUUUAUGCAGUGUUAGAUCUAUACAAUCUUUACAUUACAGUAAUUUAUUUCUAAAGUGUGUUAACCUACAACAUUAUUUUGUGGAUCGCUGAAUUGUUCUUUCUGUGAAGUGACUCCUAUGAAGUGAUACCAUUUCCUUGAGAAAUAAAGCCCUUCAGGUUCGAUUUGGCCACUUGGAUUAGGCAAAAUUAAAUGAGUUUGUUAAUGUUUGAGUUAUAUAGCCCCUCGCUGUGGUCACAAGGCAGAAGUCCUUCGGAUUUCUUCAACAUGACUUCUGCAAGAGAGCACUGAUAUCAUAAUGUGACUUAAUCAUGUUUUUGUGUGGCAAGUGGCAGAAGGACUUGCUUAGAUGUUGUUCCAAAUGAGGAGAGGAUAGCCACCCCAUUGCCCUUUUCUAAGGCUUCCAUUAAUUAGCAUUGCUCCUGGGGUGACCUGAAAGCUGCUGCAAAGUGGUCAUUGAAAUGAGCUGUAGUUUUCUGGCUCUUUCAAAGAUGAUGUUUGCAAUGUAUAAGCAUCCCUUCCUUUUGCUGAGCGUAAUGAGGAAGGACAACUUUUGCCUCACAGAAGUUCAGUUUGCUCUUUCUCCUGGCACCAUCCCAUAGGUGUAGUUGAAAAAGCGAUACUCAAUCAUGUGAAUAAAUGUCUGGGUUUUGGUUUUGGUUGCCCUGAAUUGCUUUGGGCACGUACAGGCUUGCUCUAGCUGAAGGGUCAAGAGGACUGAUUUUCCAAAAUAAGGGCAUGAUAUUGCUAAUUGAUCAUGUGAAGUCCCGGUUGGAAAGAUUUUUCUAAGUACUUGCCUUGUGCAAUAGCAGCAAGACUGGAAUUAGGGAGCUUUCCUAAAGAACAUACUGCAGCUUACCUGUAUGAAGUCUGUACCAACGUAAGGAUGGAUAGGCUUUAUUUAAAUUGCUGCAUUUUUUUUGGUUAUGAAUUAUAAUAACCUAGCCUGAAAACUUAAUGAUGGAGGAGUCUGUUAGUAAAUGACUCUCACCCACCUAUUUGCAGCAAUGCAGACCCUGUUCAGAGGUGUGGGGCUAAUGGCAAGAGAUCACAACAGCUUCAUCUGUGUUUUUCUUUCGUAAGCAGCCAGAAGUAUCACGGUCUCCAUUAGCUAUUUCUUCUUCCAGAACAGACCCCUUCGAGGCACAGUAAUUACACUGCAAGUGUUAUCCGUGGGGUUUUGUGGAACAGCUGUUUUCUGAAUCAUUUUCCUGAUGUGUGCAAAUUUUUAGAAGGGAGUUUCCUUUGUCACAGUGCUGUUAGACCAAUCUUGCCCUGCUGUGAAAACUUGCACUUGUGAGUGCUGCAGGCAAUGAGCGAUAAAUUCAGAGCAGUGUUCUGAAAAACACUUGAAUCAUCUUUUUUUUUUUUCCCUUUUCCCUAAAUUUGCUUUUACUGUAAUAAGACUAAUAUAACUCCACUUGUUUCAGAUGCUGAAAGGUAGCAGGUAGCAGUAAAGCUACUACUCUUCAUUCUCUUGGUGCCUCCUGUUUUUCAGAAUAGAGAAGGACUUACUGUAGAGCUAUUGGAUGAAGCUUGUAGCGUUGUUCAGCCUUGGACUUCAGUGCUCCUUCAUCUCCAUACAUGCAGUAAUUCUGUUGAUGCGGUGCUGUGCUGCUUUUGAGGAAAAUGACAAGAAGUAUUACAUACGUUUCUAUCCAGAGCCUCUGUAGUUAGAAGUGGGAAAUGUCUUGUGAAACAUUGAUCCCUGGUGUGUGCGCUUUGAAUUUUAGCUUAUUAGUUAUGGUUGGUUCUGAGUUAAAGAAUACUUGGCUGUUGUCAAGAGAAACCCUGACAGCAAAACGAAUUCACGUGCUUCUCCGGAAGCCCUUGUGCUGUUUUAUAGCUAUAGUUGUCACAGAAACAGAGGUGGGCCCACUUUAAAACAAAUAAUUACCACUGUUUUGAUAAGGAGAAAUUCUAAAAAACAGAACAAAACAAAAACGAACAAGCUUGGCCAAUUCUUUUAAGUGUGAGUGGUAAUUUGGGGACGUGUCAUCUUUUGUGAAAGGAAAGGAGAAUUUAAGAACAGCUGUGUGACUUGUUCUUGGUACAGACUGAUAGUAGUACAUGAGCUGUAAAUAUUGUUGAAAUGUGAAUGUACUGUUAGUGUAUCUAAAUGCCUUUGGGUAUGAUAGGCAUGAUCAUGAUAUCCCAUCGUGGAAAAGAAGAAGCUAGAAGUAUUCAAGUUCUGACAGCAAUUUCUAGGCAAAAUCCCUGUUUUACUUAAAGGUUCCAUUAUAAUGAGAACUUGGAGUGAAAGAAUUCGUGUAUUACUAUUAGUAUUACUGUACUGGAACCAUUGUAAUAGUACAAUGGCUUGGUGCUUGGUUAAAUUGGUUCCAAGUGCUUUAAUCUGUAGGUAAUGCACCUAAACCCAGCUUUAGCAUGACCGUGGAGCCAGCUAGCUACCUGCUUGUUGCCGUUUGAAAGUGUUCCAUGAGAAAUCAUGGUUGAUGCCAGCAGGUAUGCUUUUGGCAUUCUGGCAGAGGUCAAAGGACUGGAUGGAUUUCUGAGUUAUCCGUAAAUGCCUUGGUUUUAUAUUUAAACCUCUGAAGGCAGUAGUAGUUGUGGGUUUGUAUAUGAUGCCGGGUUUGUAUAUGAUGCCAGCUUUGUCUUGAGUCUAGAGGUCUGCAAGGCAGCAUGUACUGCAAGCAUGGAUCCUGAAGGUAACACGUUGCUGCUGUCUCCUUUUGCUUUCAUGUAUCUAAACUCCAUUUGUCAGUGUGAUGAACUCCGAAUUCUUUCUGGGACCCAAAUUGUGCCCUGCUUCUGAACAUCUAUAGCCACAGACUUGCAGCAUCUGUCAGUAUAUCGCAUUAGUACCUUGAAAUCUUAAUUUGUACUUGGUAGACGCAAAGGUAUGUGUUGUCUCGGCCUCCAGCUGUUUGCUGUAAGGCAGCACAGCCUUUACUGAUGACCUGGAAAGUGUAAGUAUUUGAGAGCUGUCAGAAAUCAAUUGGUGUGUACAGUUCUAGCAUAGCAUAGCACUGCACUCCAUUCCUGAAAAAACCGUGGUGAGUGAAGAGCUGAAGAUAAGCUCUACCCAGUUAGGUUUUGGUUUUGCUACUGUUUUGAAAGGAGAAUAUCUGAAUCACAGUGUUUUCUCCCAGAACUGCUGUGAUAAAUCCUUCCCUCCUGUCUGAGCCUUGUUUUGCAUAGCAGCUGGAGCACAAUAGCUGUUUGACACAAGGAAAAGAUGAUAGUAGCAACCCUCACGUUCAUCUCAAGACUUCUUCCGGGUUUCUGGCACUCACUUCUGUAACCCCAAAUCCCUAACCAGUGUGGACAAAGAGCAGGUAGCUGGGGUGUCUGAUUUAUUUCCACAGUGUAGAACAGAGGGACAUGGGAAGUGGACUUGGGAUGAUGCUGUGAUGAUCAUGGGAGUGUGUUUAGGAUGCGAUCUGUCUUUCGUGGAAAGGCUUGACUCUUAAGUAGCUAGAGCUACUUAAUUAGAGCGGAUUUUCUUCACUCAGUCUCGAUUCUCUGGUUCUUUUUCAAACUGAGGUGAUGCAAGACCGGGUUCUUCUAGUCCUGGAGCUUCACCUUGGGCUUUCGCCCUCUCUGUCUGUCACAGUCAUCAGAAAGAUAAAUACAUGGGACAAAUCUUAAGGAAUAUUUCCACCCCCCAUCUCCAGUCUCUCCAGCAGUUGCCGAGAGGCCAGCCAGGCUUGAGCUGAAACGUACUGGAGGUUUUGCAGCACAAUCAGCUGCAGGUCUCGCACUCUUAAAGAUUGUUAGAACCUAAAAAUGCCUUGAGCUUGCUGGUGGAACUGAGGGAAUGUUAGCUUACUUAUAAUUAAUAUGAUGAUGGGAAGACUAGACCAAAACAGUGACUGCAGUGGUUGCAGUCUUCUGAACUUCCCAAAAGACCAGUGGACAUGGUUUUUCUGCCCAGUGAUGAGAAAAUACAUGUUGAAUAUCCUGACUUUGUAACUAGCUGCCUAAAGGAUUGAAUCAAUUACUUCAUGUUUGACUAAAUAGAUGAGUGCUGCAGCGUGUGAACAGUCUCUUCAUUGAAGAAAACUGUUAUAUUAUUUUUUUGAAGCCUUGGAAAAUCAAUCUCAGCUCUUAGAAGAGGAAAAUGAUUUUUAUCAGUAUCUACUUCCUUAGUUGCAAGUCACAAUUCACUGAAAAUAGUCAAGUCUGAAUACUGGCUGCUCUUCAUACCUCUCCAUAGCCUGCAGUAAAAUGCAGUAGUCAAGUUGGACGGCUUGGAUCCCUUCCCCAAGCACUGUGGAGGUCUCCCAUGUUGAUAAGGACUCCUGUAUUGAUAUGACUAUUACAUUUUUCUAACCAUGGAGGACAAUUGUUGUGCUACUGCCUUAUGUUCCCCUCAUUUCUUCCAUGGCAAUUGGAAAGGCACGCUAACAGUGGAAGCCGAAUAUUUCCUUUCUUCCUCCUCAUUCCUAACCUCCCUCCCUCCCUCUCCCUCCAGCUGAUGUUUUGAUGUGCAAAGCACUUCUCACUUCAGAAGCUGCAGUGCUGAGUUGUGGAAAAGAAAACAAACCCUAGUUAUUAAGAGCUGUUGCUGUCUAACAAAGCCGUGUUUUCUGUGUUGUCUUCCAGUAUGCCCUCCUCCACAGCAAGAAAUGAGGGGAUGCUGGGGAGACCUUCAGCCAGAGAAAAGAGCUUAAUUGCACAAACAUGUACGUUCUCGGGAGACUUGAGUCUUGGAGGUCCCAAACCUUGCAUGCUGCCUUGUCUAGGGGCAGAAAAAUUAAAGCCCUUUGUCUCAUUCUCAGUUAGUGGGAGACCACAUUCCAGUCAUGUUGGUUAUAUCCAUUUUGUAUGUUUAGAUGCUGAGGUCAAUGUGCUGCAUUUUAGAAGUAUGAAGGAGUCUUGGUAAACAUGUUCCUGUUGAACUUUGUACUUUGAAAACACUGAAACCAACUACCUCUCUUAAAUGCAAUGACAGCAUAGGAGUGUGGGGUUGGCCACAGCUAAGCUGGCUGAGCUCACGCUGCCACCUGGUCGGGGUGCAUUUUCAAGCUGUUUUGUUUGUUGGAGAAGAGCUGCUGCCUCUUGUUAGCACUGUAGUGUGGUGGUCUGUUUGUCUGGACCUUUGAUGUUUGUUUUCUUGUCCUCUACACUGUGUGGUCCCCCCCGGAGUGAAUAUCCUUAUUUAGUGCUUGGAUUUGUGAGCAUCCACUCCCUAUCCAGAAUCUGACCUUUUUCUCUGUUACGGCAUCUGACCUGAAGCAUUUGCAUUCCUGCAGCAGCCCCCCAGACUCUGGUGUCCCUCUUAAUUCCCUUUUUGCUGCAGCUGUGGUCUUGGACACCUGACCCCAGGAGAGCUGAACUGGGAUGUGCAGCCCUGGGCUUGCAAGGAGCAUCCGGGGGAGAACACUGCACACGUGUUUCAAUAAGCAACUCAAGCACUGACUGGCCCUGCAUUGAGCCCACGAGAAAUGCAUUUACCGUGGUGGUCACGGGCAUCAUUCCUGGAUUGUGGUCAUUCCCUGUCCCUGCUUUUUCUUUACAGCUAAAUGGAUUAUCUUUGUUCAGCCUGGAGUGUUAAUUUACUUCCUUGGCACAAGUCAUCUUUGAUUAUUUCUGGGUUGAUCUGUAAGCCCCGUGCUGUACAUAAGUGGAUGAGUGAUAUGAGGAAUACCUACCAAUGUAGUUAUGAUGUAUGUAAUGUACAUAAGGAGAGAAUGUAUUUUGUUCUUUUUUCUUAAUAAAAAUGUAUAUGCUA